AUGGCGGAAGAAUCGGGAUACAAGGCCAUCGAGGAUUACGGCAUCAUCGGUGACAUGCACACUGCUGCGCUGGUGAGCAAGGACGGCAGCCUGGACUUCAUGUGCUGGCCCGUCUUCGAUUCCCCGUCAGUCUUUUGCAGGCUGCUCGAUAAGAACAAAGGAGGGCACUUCAGCGUCAAGGCAACCUCCUCAGAUGGGUCGACGCCGAUAAGCAAGCAGAGAUACCUCCCGUAUACCAACAUCCUGGAGACCAGGUGGAUUCACGAGGACGGUGUCAUUAACCUCUUGGAUUUCUUCCCCGUCUCUAACAAGAAGUCCCCCCAGUCUGACCGAAAUCUUUCUGGCUACUGUCCAUGCACCGAACCCGGUGGGAACCGGUGGAAGACCGGUGCUCGUCAUUCCGGCGUCGUCAGGAAGGUCGAAUGUGGGCGAGGCGCAAUGGAUGUCCACGUCGAGUGCUUUCCCGCCUUCAACUAUGCGCGAGAUGGCCACACGACACGCGCCAAUCUCAGCAAUGACACAACCGAGAAUAAGCUGCAGACCGUGUACUUUGACAGUGCCACAGAACGACUGCAGCUACACAUCUUUGUUAACCACCGAGGGGACAGACAGGGUCAACCCAAAACAGAGUUUCAAAUUGCGAGCCUGCCCGGGCUCCAAGGGCAGGGUCUGAUCGCGGACCUGCGAAUCGAGGAGGGUCAGAGUGUCAUCUUCGUCUUGCACAGUCCGGAAAAGACCAUUCCGGGGGCGAACUUGGUGGACUCCUAUCUCGGGCGAUUGGAGAUGGAGACAUUUGAGUAUUGGACGGACUGGUGCCGACAAUGCACGUUCCGCGGCCACUAUCGAGAGCAGGUCGAGAGAAGCCUGCUGGUCCUCAAGCUCCUCACAUACAAACCGACAGGAGCCGUGAUUGCAGCUCCGACCUUCUCCCUUCCCGAAAACAUUGGGGGGAGCCGGAACUGGGAUUACCGAUACUCUUGGGUGCGCGAUACGUCAUUUACCCUAUAUGUUUUCCUCAAGAACGGGUACAGUGAAGAGGCGGAAGCGUAUAUCAGCUUCAUCUUCGAUCGCAUCUUCCCGCCUACAUCGGGCAAGUCACUCAUGGAGGUCCACCGUCCCUUUUUGCCCAUCAUGUUUACCAUUCGGGGGGAUUACGAGAUUCCCGAGUAUGAACUUGAUCACCUGGAGGGUUACCGGAACAGCAGGCCGGUACGCAUUGGCAACGCAGCGGCUUUCCACACGCAACUGGACAUCUACGGCGAGCUGCUGGAUAGUAUCUACCUUUACAAUAAGUAUGGGAAACCCAUCCAGUACGACCAGUGGGUCGCGAUCCGGCGGAUGGUCAACUACGUGGUGGCCGUGAGAAACUCACCCGACAUGUCGAUUUGGGAAGUACGUGGGCAACCGCAGAAUUUUGUCUAUUCCAAAAUGCUGCUCUGGGUCGCGCUGGAUCGCGGGAUACGUCUGUCCGAGAAGCGGGCGAGUUUGCCCUGUCCGGAUCGGUCGGAAUGGAUCCGCGUGCGCGACGAGCUGUAUGAUGAGAUUAUGGACAAGGGGUAUAAUAGCGAGAAGGGCUUCUUCUGCCAGAGUUAUGAGCGCCCGGAAGUGAUUGAUGCAGCGACGAUGAUCGCACCAUUGGUGUUUUUCAUCGAGCCAAACGACCUCCGAUUCAUGAGGACGUUGGAGCAGGUCUUGCAACCACCCGAAAAGAACGGGUUGACGAGCGCGAAGAUGGUGUUCCGAUACGAUCACGAAAAGGCUCAUGAUGGAGUCGGAGGCCGCGAGGGAGCCUUCAUCAUGAUCACAUUCUGGGCCAUCGAGGCCAUGUUCCGCGCCUCCAAAUACACCAAAACCCUCCCCAGCGAACCCUACGGACCGAACAUCCGCAAGACAGCCAUCGCCCAUUUCGACAACGUCCUCUCCUUCGCCAACCACCUCGGCAUCUUCUCCGAAGAAGUCGCCGUGUCGGGCGAAGCGAUGGGCAACGUCCCGCAGGCGUUCAGUCACUUGGCCUGUGUCAGUGCGGCGAUGAACCUGGCGGGGAGUGGUGACUAG